AUGUCACCAGCUAUCAUACUGUCCGAAAUUUCUAGGGUGUUGGACACUCCAAUAUCUUUGUUAGAUCUGAAUGCGAGUUUCAUUCACAACGGGGGCGAUUCACUGUCCUCAAUUCAACUGCAGGCCGGGUUGAGGAAACAUGGAAUCCGAAUAUCGUUCGAAUCAAUAUUCGCCGCUAGUGCCCUGCAAGUGCUUGCCGACAAGGCACCUGUCUACACGCCACGAGACAUCAAACAUGCAAUCGCUCAGACCCAGCGUGCAGGGCUCAAAAGAGUCCAUCUCGAUACGGACGACCUAUCAGUAAAACGCAUACGCAGAGACAGUGUUGCAUUGUUGGCUACCGAAGAGCAACAGCCGUGCGCGAAAUGUCCAAUGACGGAGAUGCAAUUAUCCCUUGUUCGCUCUACGCAAAUGAAUCCUGGUCGCAACGUCAUUUCAUACUACGAGGAACAUAAGCCAGAAGCUGUACCUGCAGUCAAGUUGGCAUGGAAAGCGAUUAUGAACACAGAACCAAUUUUCAACUUGUCCUUCGAAGUGGGAGAGACAGAAGGCCAUAUGUAUGAAGGUGGUCCGGGUCGCUUCGCUUGGGAGGAGAUAAAUGUCUACGACGAAGGAUGUUACCUACGAAUGUUGAAAGCGGAGCCACAACAUGCGAAGAUUACUGAAGCCCAAGUAAGAGUCGUUACCUUGCAAUCAUCCAAGGUCAGAAGUAAAAGCACCAUAAUCUAUAGCUUCCACCAUGCUCUGAUUGAUGGAGUCUCAUUUAGCCUUCUUCUCUCUAAAGUGAAGAAGUGCUUAAGAGGCGAAACAUACACACCAGGUCCUUCGUACACGUCGUUCGCUCUACAGCUGAAGCUACUGCAAGAGCGCGAGCACGAGUCCGCUGUGCAAUUUUGGAGGACGCAAAAAAAGAAGUAUCCUUCUGCAACAACGCGAUUACUUCUUCCCGGUCGCCCAGACGGCAUACAACGAGAAACGAAAGGUCUUGAACAGGUCGAAGUCGAAUCGUCCCCAGAACAGCUUGUCCAGCAUGCUAGAAAAUUAGGCGUAACAGUUGCGUCGCUCUACUAUGCCGCAUGGGGUCUUGUACUUUCGAGGUAUACUGAUUCCGAUCAGGUAUGCUUUGGUGCAGUUUUAUCUGGGCGUACGUUACCGAUUGAAGGUGUAGAGACCGUAAUCGGACCGACUAUCAACACUUUGCCUUUCUCCCUUCGGUUAUCUCAUCACAAUCUAAUUAGAGAGUAUAUCAGCGAAACUUUCGCUGAACUGCUGGGGUUGACGACCUAUCAAUGGAGCACACCGAAUCACGGCUUCGUGCGAAACUUCGACUCAGCAGUUAAUGUUCGAUUCCACGGGCCUAACUCCACUCUCGGCUCCCUCUCUGACUCCGUCGGAUGCCCGUAUGGUGUGGUAUACUCGGAUAUUCCAAUUCACAUUGAAGUCGGAGAUUGCGGUAAAAUUACCAUGAGUUAUCACGCCGAUAGCUUCGCAAGACACCAUAUGGCAUGUCUAGGCGCAAGCUUUGCAACUGCUUUGAAGGCUAUUAUGAACCCCGACUCCACCCUCAAUCUAUGUCUGAAGUCAUUCAUUACGACGGAUCAACUUAGCGAGCUCGGAAAGCUUGGGAAUUGGGCCUCGAAACGUUCGACGCAUGCUCACAGUAGGGAUACUCUGGUGUCUCUCUUCUCAAGAUCCGCAGAGUCUAAUCCUGCCGAAACGGCCAUCGAGUGGCGGUCAGGGACUAUGACCUACUCUGAGCUCCACGAGCAGUCCUCCCAUCUCGCGAAGUCCCUAGCAGUACAUGUUGUACCAGGUGAUGUUGUAUGUGUAGAUGCUGAUCGAUCGAUCAGCUGGAUCGUUGCGAUCUAUGCUGUUCUUAAAGCUGGCGCAACCUACUUUCCCCUCGAAAAAAACGUACCCGACAUUAUCCGAGAUACCAACUACAAAUCGGCGGGUGCUAAACUAUUCCUUACUGCACGACCAGCAACGAAGUCAAGAAUGCCAGCGUCGUGCAACCUUUGCCUUUCAGUGGAAGAGCUGUUACUAGAGAACAAUACUUCAGACUUGUCAACCAAAACUCCUCAUCCGAAGUCCAACGCGUACAUUUGUUUCACGUCGGGAUCUACUGGAAACCCCAAAGGAGUGCUGUGCCGUCACGACGGAUUAGUUGCAUUUCAAAAUGAUUUCAGCGUACGACUCUGCUCUCGAUCUGGCUGGAGAAUAGCCCAAUUUAUGUCGCCCGCUUUCGAUGGAAGUAUUCAUGAGAUAUUCUCAACCUUGAGCUACGGGGCAACAUUGGUACUCCAGGAUGAAUCACAACCACUCGACCAUUUGAAGAAGGCGGACUCCGUAAUCCUCACUCCUUCAGUCGCCCAGAUCCUCGAGCCGUCAGACUAUCCAAACUUGAAGGCUGUAUACCUUGUUGGAGAGGCCGUUCCACAAAGCGUAUGUGAUAUCUGGGCAGAACACAAACAGCUCUUCAACAUGUACGGCCCGACCGAGGCUACCUGCGGUGCAACAAUCAAGCGAUUAAAAGUAGGAGAACCUGUCAGUCUAGGUUCAGCGACUCCUUCGUCAAGGAUCUAUAUCCUCGAUAGCAAGCAAAGCAUUGUUCCUCCUGGUGUUAUCGGAGAAAUCUAUCUGGCUGGUGUGCAAGUCGCACAUGGCUAUGUGGGGCGUCCUCGAGAGACCUCAACCCGAUUCUUUCCCGAUUCUGUCUGCCCAGAACAUUUCGGAGAAUUCAUGUACAAAACAGGAGACCGAGCCUACUGGAGCGACAGUGGGGAGUUGAUGCUUCUUGGCCGCAAUGACCGGCAGAUCAAGUUACGUGGCUUUCGGAUAGACCUUGAUGAUCUGGGGAUCCGUAUCGAAAGAGCGCAUGAAGAUUGCACCGGAGCUGCUGUCGCUGUAAAUGACGAUGAACUGGUUGCCUUUGUUCAGCCUGCGAGUUUGAACAUGCAGUCCUUCAGAGCAAGCCUUAGUCAGCACAUACCUCCGUAUGCGCUUCCCCGUCGCAUCAAGGCUGUAAAAGCUUUUCCAAUGACUCCCGCAGGAAAGCUAGACUACAGAUACAUUUCGAACUCGGACAUCAUUGACGAGCCACGGAAUGGUCAAAGCAUUGCUACCUCCGAAAAGAUGGUUCUAGCGUGCCUGCGAGAGGUCCUUGGCAUGACAAUGGACGCUGAAACCCAUCUCGAUUCCAAUGUCGACGAUGUCUGUGCUACUUCUAUUGUUCUGAUCUCCCUCGCCCAUCGCCUGUCGCAGAGUUUCAAGCGGAAGAUCUCGGUUCGUUUGAUCUUGGGCUCACCGUCAUUUCGCGACCUGGCUAGUGCUCUAGCAGCCUUGCAGCACCCGAACGACAUUGCGACACAGACCAGUCUUGGAGAUCAUGGGGUUUCCCCCAUAGAAAAGGAUUGGUGGUACAAGUAUCAAGUCAACUCAACUACGUCGCCCUUCAAUGUUUCCUACUCGUGUGAUUUCCCCAGGACGAUGGAGCAACAGCGGCUUGUCUCAGCUUGGGAUACCAUCUUGAGCCGGCAUCGCAUUCUCAGCUCUCGAUACACCAAUGGAAUCUCAAGAUCAUACAGUGAGGUUCCACCUACCGUAAAACAAGUCCAGCAUAUCGAUAUACCGAAGGAAGUCAAUGACCCAUUCGAUCUUAAAGUCGACGACCUGAUCCGCGUCUUACUAUCGCCAACCAAGAUGCUUGUCGUUGUCAGCCACAUCAUCUGCGACCUCACGACCCUCAGAAAAGUACUUCAAGAGGUGGCAGAUGUAUAUCAUGGAAUAACGCUAGCACCUGUGGCAAAAGCAUAUUCACAUCAUGCAUGGUCGGUGCCAGCUCCACUUGAAAACUUGUCAUUUUGGCGCAAUUAUCUUUCCAACCCAUCAUUGUCAGAUUUUUCCGUUGGUAAAAACACGCCCAGAAAGCAAUGGGGCGGCUCAUCAUACGUCUGUGAAAUUCCACAAAGCCUUUACAAUUCCCUCCUUCGCUUCUCAUCUGCUAGAAAGGUCACGAUGCAUCAAUUGGCAUUAGCAUCGGUGGCCCUGGCGUUGCAACACAAAGAAACACUUUGCGACAUCACCAUAGGGGCUCCGUAUCUGAAUCGAAAUUCCGAAGACGAUCUCGAAGUAGUAGGUCUUUUCUUGGAGCCUUUACCCAUCCGGAUUCAGUAUCCCCAAGUGGAAAACAACUUGUCCGACUCUGAACAUUCGGACUCUUCCCUAGGAACGGAAUUAAAGCAACUUUCAUUCAUCAAGUCGGUUCAACGCUCCAGCAGGGCCGCGCUUUCUCAUGCAGUUCCGUGGGACCAGCUACUUUCACAUCUGGGCAUCAAACCUGAUUAUCCAAAUCAUCCACUGUUUGACGCCAUGGUUACAUUCCACGAUCUUGACCACGACCUGGGACUUCCUAUUGACGGCGUCACAUCAGACGACACUUGGGCGGAAGGUUCGAAGUUCAAGAUUAUGGCAGAGUUCACUGCAAGUAGGAAAGGCUGUCUGAAGCUGAGGCUCGAAUACAGCGAUGAGUGUUUUUCUUGCGAGGAUGUUAGGCAUAUGCAGAGGUUGAUCGUAGCGGCACUUGGUGGUUUAAUGGAAGGUAAAGAUUAUGAUGAGAUUGUGAGAGUGUUGAGGUCUGUGCAAAUUUCUCAGAAGGAAAGUUAA